CACAGCGAGAGAGAGAGCGCCAAAUCCAUAACCUGAUAGCCAUGACAGAAACCGACAAUGCAUUAGGAUUCGUAAAUAUGAGCUACUACCUGCAUUGAUUGGUGUCAUUACUUGUAAAUUUUCUCGGAGCUGAGAAAGCGCGAGAAAAUGUCGACAAACAAUGGAGCCGACGUAGAAAGCGGCCUAGGACAGAGAACGUCUCCAGUUUCGAAUACAACCACACCGAGAGCGAGACCCGACCCUUUCUUGAUCUUCUGCAGAUGCUUCAGCGUCCUCACCGCUCUCACCGCCCUUCUCUGCAUCGUCGUCAAUGUCUUCUCUGCCAUUCAAUCUUUCAGUGAUGGAUCUGAUGUUUUCGAUGGGAUAUUUCGGUGUUACGCCGUCGUGAUUGGAGUGAUUGUGGUGGUGGCCGAGACGGAAUGGGGAUUCGUUAUGAAGUUCUGGAAGGUAUUGGAGUAUUGGGCUGGUAGAGGUAUGCUACAAAUCUUCCUUGCGGUCAUGACAAGAGCUUUUCCUAGCACUUCCAGUACAAAAAAGGAUCUAGUUCUUCUAGAGGACAUAGCGAGCUAUAUGCUCCUUGCUUGUGGUGGGAUCUAUGUUAUUUCGGGAAUCCUAUGCAUUGGCUUUCUCAAACGGUCUCGGCAGAAGACAGAAAUUUCAAGGGAGCAAGCAGUAAAGGAUCUUGAGGACUUGGAGCGGCGAAGGGAAGAACUUGAACACUUGCUUAUUGAGGAAAGAGACCAUACGUAGGCAAAAAGUGACACCGGUGAACCUUGCUCAUGUUUCCAAUCUCGUGAUUCUGUUAGUGAGUUGCAUUUGAAUUAGUAUUCGUUGUUUGUAUAGUUGUGUGAAAAGGCAUGCUGGGUGCUUCUUGAUUGUUUCCAGCAAGUAUUUGCCAAUGUUAUUUACUUAAGAAAAGGAGAGGAUCCAGGAUGUUAAAUGUUAUUCAUUCGUGAAGAAAGACGAGUCUGCGAACUGAUAAAAAAAAACCAUAAGGGUUCACGCGCGAAAUCCCUUUAUGUCGGCAGAGACACAAUUGUCUUCCACGAAUGCUUUCAAGAAGAUGCAAACCUGUGAAUUUGAAUCUUCCAUGCUUUUAUCAGAAUAAUGCUUUUUAUGAUUGUUGAGCUUUUGGUUCAUGUAAGGCUCAUUUUGUUAGACUAAUAAGCUGGAUUGUAAUAGUAGCUUUAAUGUGUUUUUGUAUUUGGAUGACUCAGCUGGGGACCGGCUUGCCCGGCUGUGAGUGUGAGACAUAGCUUAUGGUUUACAUGCCUCUGCUUGUCAAUGUCAAUUGGGUUUCCAUGAAAUGAAACAGCCUCUUUUUGUUUC